UGUGUGAGCGCCAAUAAUAUACAUAACUACACUUGCAUUUGCGAUGUUGGCUGGACAUAUACAAAUUCUUCUCCAGCAUGUGUAAUCGAUAUUAACGAAUGUGAGCUUCACACUAAUCCUUGCCAUAGUGAGUGUAUUAAUAUGCCAGGUAGUUUUAAAUGUGGUCCAUGUCCAAAUGGAUACACUGGAAAUGGCAUUACUUGUCUUGACGUGGAUGAGUGCGCUAUCGAUAACGGUGGUUGCAGUUUAAUACCGAAAGUAAACUGUAUAAAUACUGAGGGAUCAUAUCACUGUGGCAAUUGUCCAGAAGGUUGGUUGGGUGAUGGUCAUAUUUGUAUACCGGCUCCUUCCAAUGAUUGCAGUUCAGAAAAUAUUUGUCAUCCUAAAGCAAAAUGUGAGUAUAUAUCGGAUACAGUGGUUUGCACUUGUCCAGUCGGUUUGUCUGGUCACGGUUUUGGGGAAAAUGGUUGUAAAUCGGAAAUAGCCACACAUCCAUGUGAGAAUCAUGAAUGUAAGAAUAACGGUACAUGUGAAGUGAAUGGUGAGGGCACGCGUUGUAUAUGUCCUGAAGGUUAUAUGGGUGCUACAUGUGAAAAAAAUGACGCAUGCCAUCCAAAUCCAUGUUCAAAUGGUGGUAGUUGUAAGUUGGCUCCGAAAAAUAAGUAUCGUUGUGCAUGUCAACGUGGCACUACAGGAAAAAACUGUGAAAUACAACGUGAAAUUUGCGGUUCCGUUUUGAGACAAGAAACAGGAGAAGUGAUCUAUCCACCAGAGGGUGGUAACUACGAAAAUAGAGAACGUUGCGCAUGGAUCAUACGUACCACAACUAAUAAAAUUCUCAAUAUAACUUUCAGUAAAUUUGAUUUGCAAACGUCGCUUGACUGCAGCAAAGAUUUUCUGCAAAUACACGAUGGUCGUUCACUCAGUGCGCAGCUUGUGGGACGCUUCUGUGGAAGCGAUUUGCCUCGCGGCGGUACCAUUAUAACUUCUCAUCAAGAAGUAUUUUUUUGGUUUCGUACGGAUAAUGAAACUACUUCAACUGGCUUUAAAUUUUCGUGGGUAUCACAGCCUCACACAUGUGGUGGUCAAUUUGAAUUGGGUAUGGGUAACAGCGAUGUAAUAAAGUCUCCAGGCUAUCCCGGAAAAACACCUAUUAACCGUGAAUGUGAAUGGGAGUUGGAAGCGAAUUUUGGUUAUCGAUUUGUAUUGCGCUUUUAUGAAAUUAAUCUUGGUGGUGAUUCUAAUUGUACACAAGAUACGCUAAAGAUUUACGACUCAGAUCGCCUCGUGAAAACUUUCUGCGAGUCUGAAAAACCUGCUCCUUUCUAUACAUCUUCAAAUAUAAUUAGCAUACAUUUCCACACAGAUGCUUUUCGAGAAGACAGUUCAUUUCAAUUACAUUAUGAGGUGAUACCAAGUUCACCGAACUGUGGUGGAAUUUUCACUGAGCCAAGAGCUACCAUCGGCGGCCACAUAAAUGCAGAAAUUUGUCUUUAUCUAAUACAGCAGCCCCCAGGUACUAAAAUAAAACUAGAAAUUUUAAAUUAUAAUUUAUUGGAUAGCGAUGAUUGUGAUUUGCAAAAAGUUGAAAUUUUUAAUGGAAAAACUGACGAAUAUCCAUUGGAGAAACGAAUAUGUGGUGAUUUCAAGUCAGUGAGUCCGAUUAUAUCGGAGGGAAAUUACUUGCUUAUACGGUAUGAGUACGCGGUUGUAGGCUUAAAAAUUGACACAUUGUCUUUUGAAGCAAGAUAUAGUCGGAUUUGUGAGGACAAAUUUUUCGGUCCUGAUGAUGGAAUUUUUAUGACACCCAAUUAUCCUAACCCCUAUUUUGAUCAUAUGACUUGUACAUAUGACAUUUAUGGUCCAUUGGGGAGUGUGAUCCAUAUUAAGUUUGCAGAUUUUCAAAUAUCUGAAAGUGUGCCAACGCUUCUGGAUGAAGAUGGCCACAAUGUGAAAUUGAAGCAACUUAACGACAGUGAUGUUGAUGAAAAUCUUAAUUUUGUUGAGGUUUAUCUAUCUAAGAUAAGUAAACGUCGAUUUUAUAAGAAUGCUACUCCAGAACCAUUGGUAUCCAGCCAAAAUCACUUGCGUAUUAUUUUCAAAACGGCAGAAAAUAGUCGUAGGGCGAGAGGAUUAAAAAUAGAAUAUUCUUUUGAAACUGUGCGUUGUGGUGGAAUUUUCACGGAAUCACGUAACAGUUACGAAAGCAACGAGAAGCUCAGUGACGUCUCUUAUUGUGAAUGGAUUAUUGAAGCACCAGAAAAUAAACACAUAUCUUUGACUCUAACCUACACACCACCACAAAAUGCCAAUAACUUCAGUCUUUCCUUGCAUUCAAAACUACCUGAUACCAAAGACGAAAAGCUUCUGGCUAGUUACUCUCAAAAUAUUUAUUUGAAUGAAGUGUUUCACACGAGUGUAUUGACAAUAAAGUCUGUUAAUGGCUUAACUAAUUCUUCUGACUACUUUCCGGCGUAUAUAUCUUUCAAUUAUACUUUAGUGGAUAGUGCGGAAAACUGUGGUGGAAAUUUCAGUACAAGGUUCGGUGUACUUACGUCACCUGGUUGGCCAAUGCCUUACGGUAAUGACUUGGAUUGUGUAUGGAUUAUAAUGGCGCCACUCGGUCACACAAUAGAACUUGUGCCUAAGGAAUUCGGUUUGGAGCAAGUUUCGACUGUAUGCGAUGAUGAUUUCUUAGAGAUAAGGAAUGGCAUGUUUAGUAAUUCUCCACUAAUUGGUCAAUAUUGUGGAGUGAAAAUACCAGACCGAAUACCAUCUUUUACAAAUGUGUUAUAUAUACGCUUUGUAUCGGAUUGGUAUAUUUCUGAUAAAGGGUUCAAUAUUGUUUGGCAGCAAACAAGUACUGGUUGCGGAGGCAAACUAGAUUCAUUCUCAGGUUCCAUACAUUCGCCACAUAAUGCGGAAAUAUCUGGUGAAGUGGUGUGUAGUUGGAGUAUAACCGUUUCACCCGGUUCCGUUAUAAAUCUUAAUCUCACUUCUAAUAAUCCAAGUGCCUUAUGUAGGCAAAAUAGUUUAACAAUUUAUGAUGGUCCCUUAACAAAUAGUCCCACACUCAAGCUAAACUGCACAAAUUUCGGAGAUGUGUUAACAUUGCAGUCAACAUCAAACAAAGUACAUGUACGUUAUAGUGCUGAUGGAGAUGGACUUAAAUUUGUACUGAAUUAUGUAACGAAUUGCAACGUAAUCAUUAAUAGUUUGCAGGGCAUCAUCGAAUCUCCUAAUUUUCCAGAAAAUUAUCCAUAUGACUUGAAAUGUGCUUGGGAGUUACGCGGAGGUCGUAAAAUGUCUCUUCUUUUUUCUCAUUUGGAUGUAGAAGGUUCGAAAUUGGACUGUGCAUAUGAUUACAUAGAAGUUGUAGAUAUGCGUAAUGAUGAAGUACUUUCCACUCAACAUUUAUGUUCCAUACCCACAAGUACAAUUACAAACAGUGGCAGCCAUCUCAUAUUAAAAUUUUUCAGCGAUGGCUCCUUUAGUAAAAAAGGAUUUCAUGCAGAGUUCAAAGUUGUUGGAUGUGGUGGUCAUUUAACGGAUAAUAACGGGCGCAUUGAUACCCCCAAUGCUCCAUAUAGUGUAGAUAUCGAUUGCAGAUGGUAUAUAGAGGUCCCAUCAGAUAGACAAAUUGUACUUAAUAUCAACUCAGUUCAAUUUGGUUCAUCGAAACAUUGUGAUUCAGAUUAUGUGAUAAUAUCAGAAUCAUACAAUGCUUUAGAAUUCAACAAGCAGUGCGAAAGAAGUAUUAAACCUUUAAUUUUUACUUCAUUUGCGAAUCGUUUAUUUAUACAUUUUCAUACAAGUGAGAGACGGGAGCAAAAGUUUCUUAAAGCUUCAUACUUCACUAAAAAAGCUGAUUGUGGUGGAACUUAUCAUGGAGGCAGUAACACUAUCUCAUCACCCAACUACCCUCAUGACCAACUGAAAAAUAUCGAAUGUGUUUGGUAUAUAACAGUGGAUGACGGUAAAAAUAUACUCUAUGGAUUGAAUGGAUAUAAUGUGACGAGCUCAUUAAAUUGCACCAGUGCUUCCAUAACAAUUAGUGAAGAAUUAAAUGGAGUUUGGACACCAAAAAAACCAAUUUGUGGUGAUAGUGAAUAUGUAUCUUCAAUGGAUCUUUACAAUCUUUGGUUUAGUGUAGGAAAUCAAAUAAGUAUUACCGUAAAGACCGAUGUUAAUAGUACUGCAAUGUUUGCCUUUUCAUAUUACGAGGAAUGCCAUGUCACGUUAACCGAUACCAGUGGUGUUCUUAGCUCCAUUUCUUCGAAAUAUUGCAAAUGGGUUAUUGUAGCAACAGAAGAAUGUGAUGGUAAGCCUUUACACAGUUUAAAGAUAUAUGACGAUUCUAAAACAUUAUUACACAAUUUUUGUGAGGAGCACACAUCACAUGUUAUCGCAUCAAGUAAUUUGACUAUUCAAGCUCAGUUUAUAAACUUCCGUGCUUCAUACUCCACCAUACAGACGUCAUGUGGUGGUGUUAUAACGUCUCUGCGUGGCACUUUAGCGUCGCCUUAUUAUCCUAGUACUUAUCCAUCAAAUGUAGAAUGUGUUUGGGAUAUACGAGCUUCGAAGGGUAACUUUAUUGAAAUCAAUUUCGUAAACUUGGAUAUGGCAGAGUCAGAUCGUUGCAAUAAUGACUUUUUGGAGCUUCGAACUACAAUUCGUGGUAAAAUAUUAGCAACUUUAUGUGGAAAAAAUAUGCCGACAGCUCCGAUUGUAGUACUUGAAAACAUAUGGAUUAAAUUUCGCAGUGUGGAAGGCAGUUCCGGCAAUGGCUUCAAGUUGACAUGGAACUAUGGUACUUCGCACAAAAUAGAAGAAGAAGCAUUGAAACUUCUGAGAGAUGAUAAACGAAUCGAAACUAUGGUUGAAUUUUGGGUUUUUCAAUGGAAUAGCACACAAUCUAAACUUAAUGUUAGUAUUUUUAGUAUGGAUCCUGCACUAUCAUAUACAUGCGCAAUCGAUGAACCAUGUAGUGAAACCUUACUUCUUACCCAAGCUUGGGAUACAAAAAAAUGGCACAUCGAACACAGUCAUAGGCUAAAAAAUGAUGCUAGCGAUCUUUAUAACCUGGAAUCUGGAGUCUGGGCCCAGAAGACAUGGCAAAACGAUUUUGCUACAUAA